UUCUCCCGUCACGGUGCCAUAGGAAAUGUAAUGAUGAAGGGAUUAUUUCUUUAAACGAGGUUCUGUGCAUCAGCUGCUUUUUAUCCCCGUCAACGGCGAAUACCGCAAGACCCGGGCUGUAUCCAGCCAGUCGGCUCUGCUUUCUACAAUGGAGUGCCUUUUUAACGGUACAAUGCAUUUCACCUACCAGAUAGGGGGAGUCCAAGCUGAAAGAUGAAGGGAAUAUGCUGAUGCCUGGCGAUCGGCAUCAAUGCAAACGUUUACCUUAAGCGGACAGCGACAGAGAGGGGCAGAAAGGCAAGAAGAGAGACAAGUAAAAAAGCCGUGUUUUACAUUUGAAAGUCAGGAUGCGCGGCAGGGAGCAGCUGUAGGGACAGGAUCGAGGAGUGGACAGUCUUUAACAGGUCCGAAGCGCACUUUUCAACACCCCCGUCACCCGACAAGAAUAUGAUCCGGUCAAAUCAUAUGGACAUGCCUCAUUAUUCAAUGAGCACUAUCUCUCACAACGCAUCGUUUACGCGCAGGAGUUAGCCGGCGCUUCGCCAAAUUUAAAAGGCUCUUGUCGUCCCACCUUCUGUGGAGCUGUCGGCGCUCUUCCUGACAUCCGGCAUUCAUUGGAGCGGCGGCAGUCACACAGGGCUCCCUGAUCAGUGCCGACCAGAAGCGGAGCUGAAGCUGAAGCUGAGGCUGGCUUAACGGGGCUAAGCACACCGUCGCGCUGUCCAAGAAACUACCCCCACCCACUGUCUGAGGUGGCCAUUCCAGUAAGCAGUAGUCAGUCAGGAGUGACAGUGAGAGGCCACUUGAUCCUAACAGACAGCUUGCACUCCAGUAUGCAGUUGGUGUGUUAAGGAUGGAGGACUCUAGUUUGUGUCUUGGUGUGUCGUCAGCGGUGACUGAUGCUGAUGCCCAUCUGAGUAGUGCAGUGUUAAAUGGCCGCUACCCAAUCAGUCAGAAGCUUCAUCAGCUUACUGCCCAGCUAGGACACGCCUUUCCUGAUCUACACCGCCCACAACAGAUCCCUGAAGAGAAAGCAGCCACGCCUUUGGACGAGAAGACCCAUCACGCAGCCCUGGCCAGUCAACCUAUCAGCAGUCAGAUGGCCCUGCUAGCCAAUCAGCUCAACCGAGACAUUGACGCAGGGGCACUAAGUGGGUUGAACGGGCGAGUUGACCUGCAGCAGUUUCUCAACGGCCAGAACUUGGGCAUUAUGUCCCAGAUGAACGAUAUCGAAGAUGACGCCCGCAAGAACAGGAAGUAUCCCUGUCCAUUGUGUGGCAAACGCUUUCGUUUUAACAGCAUCCUGUCAUUGCAUAUGCGCACACACACAGGAGAGAAGCCCUUCAAGUGCCCCUACUGUGACCACCGAGCGGCCCAAAAGGGCAACUUGAAGAUCCACCUCCGCACCCACAAGCUGGGGAAUCUCGGUAAAGGCCGCGGUCGUGUCAGAGAGGAGAAUAGGCUGCUGCAUGAGCUGGAGGAGAGGGCCAUCCUUCGGGACAAGCAGAUGAGAGGGAGUGGCAGUCUCCUCCAGACACCUCCAACACCCCAUCUGGGCCUCAAUAGCAGCUCUAACACCCAUCAGCAGCAACUAGGCUCAGCCUGUGGCCUCCUCCCCCCCUCUGGCCUUGCCACUCCAGAAACAAUUUCCCAACCUUCUUCUUCACCCAAGCCGGCUGGCACCCAGGAUGAACAGUCCUUGAACCCAACUACAGGCUUCCGCUGUACCUUCUGUAAAGGGAAGUUCAAGAAGCGUGAGGAGCUCGACCGCCACAUCCGCAUACUCCACAAGCCCUACAAAUGUACUCUGUGUGAGUUUGCUGCUGCCCAUGAAGAGGAGCUGAUAAGUCACGUCGAGAAGGCCCACAUUACAGCCGAGAACACACAGGGUCAAGGUGCUGGUGGUGCCGGUGGUACACAGCCAGCCACUGAAUUCCGCUGUGAUGUGUGUGGACAGGUGUUCAGCCAAGCCUGGUUCCUAAAGGGCCACAUGCGCAAGCACAAAGACUCCUUUGAACACUGCUGCCAAAUCUGUGGCCGUCGCUUCAAGGAACCAUGGUUCCUCAAAAACCAUAUGAAGGUGCAUCUCAACAAGCUGGCCAUCAAGAACAAGCCGCCCCAGCCCAGUGAACAGGACAUGGCUGCCGUCAAUAGCAUGAGCAAUCUGGCUCAGGAAGCUCAUGCCAACCUUUACUCCCGCUACAUCUCCUGUCUUCAGGGAGGCUUCCUUUCACCAGACAAGCAGGGCUUAAGUGAGCAGCACCAAAUGUUGGCUAAAGCAGGCAUAGCCAUGAAGGAAAAGGAGAUGCUAGGGAAGCUGCUGGGGCCAAUGGCAGGAGGUAUGGGCCAUGGGCUGGGUGAAAAUGAAAAGCGCUCACUCCUGGGUUGUCUCAACCUUGUGCCACCACUCAAGUCAAGCUGCAUGGAGCGCCUCCAAGCAGCUGCAAAAGUGGCGGAGAUGGACUCCCUCAAUAGCUACCAAGCCUGGCAGAUAAUGGCUCGUGGCAUGGCUAUGGACAGGGCUUUCAUGCCGAAGGAGCCGCAGCAGCAGCACCAGCACCAGCACCAUAUACCCCCAGGGCAAGAAGAUGAGAUGGGUGGUGCUGGAGCCUUGGCUUCCUUCUCAAAGGAAAAACAAGAGUACUUGAUUGCUACCAAUGAUAGCUCCAAGCAGAAGCAGCUCUCAGAGGCCUUGCAGGGAUCCAAGGCCGCUAGCGGAGCCAUGAUGUCCAUGAAGGAGGAUGGAAGAGGCUUUGACAGUCACCGUGACUUAAUGUCUAUCCACAAUAACGCUGAGGCUCCUGGAGCCCUGGCUGGAUUGGGAAGCCCAAACAUCGACUACAGCCUCUCCAGCCUCUCUGUCCUGAAGGAGAAGCCUUCAGAAUGCCCUGACUGUGGCCGGGUCUUCAGAACCUACCAUCAAAUGGUUGUCCACUCCCGUAUUCACGGCAAAGACAGGAGAGGCGUCGAGGAAGCAAUCCAGCAACAAGGUCUCGACGAACGCCGCGGAUCAGCCAGUGACCCUGAGUCCCAGUCCAUAAGCCGCUCCACCACUCCUGGUUCAUCCAACGUGACAGAAGAGAGCGGAGCUGGAGGAGGACACUCCCAGACAGGAAGCGUCCAGGAUGACAGCCCACAUCCCUCCUCACCAUCUUCAGAUGUUGGGGAGGACUUGGGGAAGGCAGCGGGGAGCAUUCAGCCGUCUCUGUCCCAGCAUCGUGAGCGGAGCGUGGGCUCGUCCUCCAAGGAUUGCCCCUACUGUGGCAAGUCCUUCCGCACCUCCCAUCAUCUCAAAGUCCAUCUGCGGAUACACACAGGAGAGAAACCCUACCGGUGCCCUCAUUGUGACUAUGCCGGCACCCAGUCUGCCAGUCUGAAGUACCACCUGGAGCGCCACCACCGCGAGCGUCAAAAUGGAUCCACCACCUCAGGCCAAUCCUCUUGCCACACCCCUUCUUCUGACCACAAAGAGGAUCAUGGGAAAGCAACCGGUGGCGGUAUCUUUGCCCGACCAGAUGUCCUCCGUAAUGUUUUCAAGAGCAUGCCCCCCAACUUAGACUUCAGGGCAGGUCCAUUGCUGCCACAUCAGUGGGCGUCGGCAGGCAUGAUGUCUCCGCAUGACCGAGAUCGUGAGCGCGGAGACCGCCGUUUUGACUCCACCUCUUCAGGUGAGAACAUGAAGACCGCUGAUGGCCCGUCCGCCCUGGUUUCAACAGCGACAGAUAGCUUCUCCGACCUAAGCAGGGCUUACCAAAGCAUGAUGGGAAACGGAGUCCACUUUCAAGGUUCUCUCCAGGCCUUCAUGGACAGCUUUGUCCUCAGCUCCAUGAAGAAGGACAUGAAGGACAACCAGAGCUCGGCCCAGCUCCAGGCCCAGUGCUACCAUGACAACGGCGAGCCCAAAGCAAAGCGGGCAGUCUCGGCAGACCAGGAACGAGAAGAUAAGGCUGAACCCAAACAGAAGCCGGAGCCUGGCAAACCUGGGUCCCAGUACGAACCACUUGAUCUGUCUGUGUCAGUCCGGCCUGAGUCCGCAUCCGGAUCUCUUCCCGGCUCUUCAGUUACCAUCCAUGAUAACGUGGCGUGGCAUGGCUGCCUCUUCUGCUCCUUCUCCACCGCCUCAUUGGAGCUCAUGGCUCUGCACCUCCAGGCCAACCACCUGGGUAAGGCCCAACAGCAGCGGUCUGAUGCAGGCAAGGAGCUUCAUGGAGACACCUCCAUCAUUCACUCUUCCAACACCAAGAACUCUGGUGUGGCCCUCGACAAAGAUGGAGACAGAGAUGGAGAGAAAGGCCAGGGAGGCUGGAACAACCACAUGGACCAGCCCUACAACCCCUUCCAGAGUGACUUCUACAGGCGGUUUGGUGGCUUGUAUGAUGGAUCCCCAAGGACCAACCAGGUGUAUUUAACCCCAGGAGAGCAGAGUCUGGAACUACCCAGCCAGGCCUUUGGAGGAGCACCUUCAGCUGCAGAUGACCAGAUCGGCGAAAGGGGCUCGCGUGGAGACAAUGAAGAAGACCAGGUUGGAUCAGAAGAUGAAGUUGCAAAGACUGGGGGCCGCAGUGCUAGUGAGACCCCCUCAACCACCCCUAAGAGACAGCAACAACAGAAUCACUCAGAUGAAGAGGAAGAGGAGGGAGGAGUGGCUGAAGAGGAGGAGGAAAGAGAUGAGGAUGGGCAAAUGGAUGUGGAGAGAGAGGAAGAGGGAAGUCCAGCCUCAGACCACCUCCAGAACCACUCCAAACAGCUCCAAGACAACUCCUCUAUGCGCCCAAGGGGUGCAGGUGGUUUGGCAUCUUCCUCCGCCAUGGCACCACUUUCUCUGGUUCCCCAACCCAAGAACCAAGCUUUGCCACUGGAGAAGCAGUGGCAGCAGGGCCUGGCCCUUCUGUCUCCUGGAGGUCCCCCAGGACUGUUGAAGGCUGAGCAGCAGAGCCACCUAGAGCAGCAGAUGAACAUGCUGUCGGUCCUCAGAGCCUACAGCAAUGACAACCUCCCCGCAUUCAACGGCCUGGGAGGUGGAGCAGGUGGAGCACCCACAGGAGGCAUGAAGAGGCCAGAUGCACCCGGCCAGAGACCAUUCAAGUGCAGUUACUGCCCCUACAGUGCCUCCCAGAAGGGCAACCUGAAGACUCACGUGCUGUGCGUGCACCGCAUGCCCUUUGACAACAGCCAGUAUCCAGACCGCCGCUUCAAGAGAUCUCGGCCAGAGUCAGACGUCCUGGAGAAGAACCCUGAUGACGCCAUCGCUGGUGUUACUUCUAAUCAACCAAUGACAGGAGAAGAUGAAAGCCACGGGGGGAACGUGUUGUUUGAAUCCCGUCAACAGGAGUGAGACGGCCGCCAUCAGCUGGUUAAUAACAUCCAGAGGAGAGGUCUGUGUCUGUGUUGGACAAUGCAUUAUCUGAAAGGCCACAGAUUUUUAUCAUCACGCACAUCAGACUCCCUGAUGCACUGAAGGUUGGUCUCUAUAAGACUUAUUUCCAACAGACCCUGACCAAACAACGACAAGACAAUGAGACCAACACAGUGCUAUGAAUAGACCACACUUCCUACAUUAUAGACACAAGUAAACAUACUCUAUGUGGGUUAUUGGAAGUCUGUGAGCAUUUACUAAGAACACAUUAUAAUCUUUGUAAUUGUGAUGAGGUGAUUCAGCUUUCUUUCUUUUUUUUUUUUAACAAAGCACAGUGGAUUAUGUGUAAUAAUGGAAAGUAGAAACAGUUAAAAACUGUUAAUGAAAUCGUAGUUUUCAGACAAAUCACAAAGGAAGGAGGCUAUGAAGCGAGAGGGAAGGCAGAUGAAAAUCAUUAGGAAGACUUUUUUCUCCAAAAAUAAUGCUUUUAUCAGAAAAAUGAUCCGUGUAAACGAUUGAGCAGAACAGUUACUGUAGGGAAGAUGGAGGAGGUGGUGGAGGAAGAGGAGGGCUUCUGAAUGCACACCACCACCACAGCCACCCAAGAACAUAACACCAGUGACUGCCAUUUUCCCAAUGUGAGUGAUGAGCACUGUG